AUGCAUGAUUUUGCAGUGAUUGUUUUUAUCUGGUCAACACGUCGUGUGGCACUCAUUUCCGCUCGCUUAGGAUGUACAUCUGGACUUCGCGUAAUGGUUUUCAAAAAUCACAUCCGAACUACUGACGAAUCGUCACUAAGAAUUGACAGCGUGAUGAAUACAUGGAUAUAUCGCACCGUUGGUAUCAGCCAUCUUCUGACAACGCUAGCAACCAGGUCAGCUUCUUAA